CCGACCAGUGCAAUUCACGACGAGUUCGACGUCGAAUCCACGCGUCUCCCGCGUCUUGUAGUUGGCGAUUUUUUCACGGCUUAUUUUAUUUCGGCGUACAAUUGAUCGAUACAGUUUUACGUAUUCACGGUUUCAUUUCGUUUAAUUAAUAAUUCGUUCUUAGACACAAGGACGUAUUGCCGAGCGAGUUUCACGAUUUUUCUCGAGCGCGUUCCAUUAGCGACGCAUUGUUCGCGCCCUUCGGCUCGUCUCCUCUGGCUUUUCCUCUCGCGGCGUUCCGAACAGCCUCGUUACGUGUCGUGCCAUCGCACCGAGCGUUGUUUAUUCCCUCGUAGGUUAAUUAGCGUGCGGCUCAGUUUAAUGAUCUUUCCAAUGUCAUUAAACUUCUGCUCGUUUGGGGUGCAUUCGAGGCGUGAACUUUGACAAGGAAGCGCUGCGUCAAGUACCUGGAAAAUGAUACGUUCGGAACGACGGGCUAACUCGGAGGGUCGUUAAACAAGCGACAACUUGUCAGCGGGAUGUCAACAUCUUAUCUGUCUUGUGUCCAACUCGACGAUCUUGCAAUCUGUCGACGCCGCAGGAUGUCACGAGAAAGACACGAGUACGAGCAACAGCAGGGACGAGCCGACCCUUAAGGAAACGAGUCAUCUGUAAUCCCUGAAGCGGCGUACCACGGUCCAGGCCUUGCACGGAUACUAACCACAGUACAGUUGAAAUUCCUCAAAGGAGCGGGUUAACCACGACGAUCUUACACGAAGACACAUCACGCGUUCUCCUCGUUCGGCUCGCGUGUAUACGUGUGUACACGCAGGUGAACUUUCCUGGGGAGGAAAUAGAGAAACGAGGAGGCUGGUCUCAGCUAAAGGCAGCCGGAGAGAGAGCUUUAACCACCCUUAAGGACACAGUUGUCUGGUGGCCAACAACUUGCCGCAGCAUUCCACAAACUUGCACAAUAUCUACAAGCCCACGAGCGCGCGAAAUUCUUUGGCAAAUCUUUGGGUGUUCGCUAGAACGCAACGCGUGCACGUAACGCGUGACAGCUCUGCGAACGGUGAAAAAUACCGAGUAAGGUUGAGGGUAGACAAGCGAGAAAACGCACCGUUGAGGAGGGUCUCGGGAAAAUAAGGUGGAAACGUUCCCGGUCCGUGUUAACGGGCGCGGACGAGUGACGUCGCGUCGGAACAGUCGAGAAAGUAGGCGUGACAAGGGUCCGCUUGAGGCAGAAUAUUAGUCGUGUCACCUAAUGAUCGUCGUGUUCCGCUCCGCGGCUGCCUCGUAAUAUUCGGUGAAAUUGUGCUGGUCGUCGUCCAUGCGGAUUCCAACAGUCUGCAGAGUUCUCAACCCGCAAAUUCUUCUCCUUCGACGUUGACAUUUCCUGUAUUUCCAAUUAAAUCCGGACGAAGGACAGAUAGAUUUACGGGGAAAAAGGAGGACGGUGUACGAACGCAUGACAGCCGGUCUGUUAAAGUAGCAGAGAUUCAUUAUCGGUGUUGACGCAGGCAAGCGGACCAGUGAGCAGUUACAUUAUAAGAGGAUCUGGUGGGAACGGCGAAAGAAGACAGGAAGGGAAUUGCUACAAGAAAGCUCAUCUAGCUGCAGUAAUAUUAAUGCCAGAAAUUAAGCCACAGCUCGUUAGAGUGGGUGUUUGCUAAAAGCAUCGCGAAAUUUCCGCGCGAUCGCGCUAAUAUCCUACUGUAGGGCCAAAGAAAAACCUCCUAGUGGCGAAGUAGCGACGCAGAAGCAUAGAUCUUCCUGGAGGAUGGUUCUUCUCUUUCUCUCAGUCCGUACUGUCGGUAUCUCUGUGCUGCUGGAUAAAAAGAAAGCCAGAGAUUUCUUUACAGAAGUAGCCCGUUGGCUGUGGAACACUAGUGACGGAACGCUGAAAGCCACUCGACAGAGAGGGAAAGAGGGAACCGGUGAACGCUCGGUUCUAUAGCCCAGAGCAUCCUGUAUUUCUGAUAACGUACAGAACUCGGUAACGUCCCGGCAAGAACGUUAGUGAAUGAGGCUGAAUGAGAAGUCGGUAAGCAAGAAGGUCCUUGCGCCCAGAGGCACGCUAUUAGCUUUACUGCCAUAGGAUAUCACCCAACGGCUUGGUGCAACAUCUUGCGAACUUGAACAAUACUAACCGCAAAACAGUUUAAGGCCGCCGAGUGUUUCGACGCGUGUAUCUUGCAGUUUGUUCUGGGGACGUAUGAAAUGGAACUUACAGUGUCCUGAACAUUUCGAGAGACCGUAAUCUAUAGCCGCGAAACAAUAGCGGAGAGUAGAACAACGACCGAGAAACUUACCAAACCUCUCGUGACAUUUGCUUGUCUCGUAGGUUUCGUGAUCGCGAUAGACCGAAGCUCCGGAUUUCAUCUCGUUCUGCAACAAUCCGCAAGGAAACGCCAGUACCCACCUUAUAUUCACUGUUAACGACAGCUACUGUUACUAUAUUUUGUUCGUAUCUGUCGGAGAUGUUUCAACCUUGUCGAAACGUAAUUCGCCAACUCGCACAAUAUCUUCGUAAGACAGGGGGAUUGACUGUGCCAAGUUGUUCCCGCCAAGCGGGGAUUUUUUAACUCGGCACCGGAGGUCAAUUCUUCUCGGCAAGGUUUCCAGGGCAACAGAAACUUUUCUCUUCCCACCGUUGCGCUAAUCAAUCCAGGUGAAAGGGUCGGUCGGGAGACGGGUAACAAUUGCUGUUGCACAAUAGAACAGGAUAAAGGUCUUGCCUCUGUCUAUUCGAAAUAUCGAAAACAUCAAGUCGCCGAAGGAGAAUCGAGUUUCCGGAAGUACGUUUUCAACCUGAUAGAGGCUAUUUGCCGGGAGUUGCUUUUGAACGAACGACGUGUUUAAUCCCCGAUAAAAAUCGAUGUUCGGGACACGGUUCUGUCGCAUCUAUCAGCGGUGUUAACAUUAGAUUCGUGAACGACAUGACACGGUGAAUGAGGGCAGGCGACGAGGCAUUGAUAAUUGGCGGCAGGCUGGGUGAAAAAAAGCGACGCAGAAAAAUAUGGUACACGAGGCUACGGGUCUAUGGCACGCCCCGGGAUUUAACGUAUCGAGGUGGCUGAUGAUCAUAAUACACGGAUACCGAGCUACCACACUUUUGCUAUCCAUCCUACUUAACGUGCUGGUGCGAACCGCUGAGUAUCCGACGGCGGUCACAGCGGAAAUUGUGGCGACCAAUGGGAAUUCGUUAGAGGCCAGCAUGAAACCGUUGGACAUCGAUCUACCGCCCACGCUACCGAUGAGCUUCGGUACCGAAAAUUCCACGGUGAUCUCCGCCCAAUCUGGAUCCACUGCCCUGUUGCCCUGCGUCGUCCAUAAUCUAGGGGAUGGAACGGUGUCGUGGAUCAAGCGAAAGGACCUUCAGGAGUUACUAACCGUAGGGUUGAAAACGUACGCCAACGACGAGCGGUUCCAGGCAAUUCAUUACCACCACAGCGAGGAUUGGACUCUUCAAAUAAAAUACGUUCAACCGAGGGAUGCCGGAUUGUACCAGUGCCAAGUAUCCACCCAUCCACCCACGAGUAUAUUUCUGUUCCUCGAGGUUGUCGAGGCCAGAGCCGAGAUAGCCGGUCCCCCGGAGAAGUUCGUGAGGCCGGGUAGCACCCUGCAGCUUCAUUGCCUAGUGAAAAAAUCGACCGAAACGCCCUCCUAUCUAUUCUGGUUCCAUAACUUCCGAAUGAUCAACUAUGACACCGAUCAGGGGGUCAAUGUCAGCACGGAUCUGAACGGGCGCGAGAGCUGGCUGGAGGUACCCCGUGCGUCCGAUCGUCAUUCCGGAAAUUACACCUGCGAGGCGAGUAACGCUCAACCGGCGCGGGUGCUGGUGCACGUGUUCAAAGGAGAUAAUCCAGCCGCGAUGCAGCACAGCAUCGCGUCCUCGCCAUCUGUCACAGAGUGCACCGCGCUAUUGAUGAUGUUCACCACGUUAAAGCUGGUGUUGCACUCGAACGCCACGAACUGACCGUAACAGCGUGUGCUGUCGACUGGAUAGAAAGAUGAACGUUGCGAUAUUUCAGAAUAGGGAAAAAAGUCCAAGGGAGAGACGAGAAUAACUGUAUGUGUGGUCUGCGACCUUUUUACGACUUGACAGGUGCAGUUUGCUCCAGGAAGCUUUUUCUCGCAAGUGACUCUAGUUAGACGUGGAAUUUCUAGACUACGAUUUUCUUCCAAAGGUGAGAGAAAAAUUAUCGUGAUACGUAAUGAUUAAUUCUUAAGGGUGGUGAUUGUGACGAAUUUGAGCUUGAGUCGAGGAGUACGGUUGAAAGUAGAACAGGUGUGCAUGCUAUGCUCGCGUAUGGACAAAUGGGACAAAAGUAUGUAACAAGUUAAAAAGGUAACGUCAGUGUAAAUAGCGAAACGAGUCUAGUGUGUAUCGUUAACGUCGCGGAUGCUCAAGUAGCCACUUUGAACAACGCCCACGUAUUCCUUGUAUCGCGUGAAUAAUGGAGAAUCAUCGCGAGAGACAAAAAGAUCCUGUCUCUAUUUGACUGUAUUUUUAAACAGUGAAUACAUAUUUCAUGUAUUUUUAAA